AUGUCUAAACGACCGCGAAGCCGCUCGAGAUCCCCAUCUCUCGAUCAAGACUCAAUAUCAGUAUCCUCAAUCACAGUGAAUACUACGACUCCCCCUUCUGAGCGCAACAAGCUCAUCGACAGUGAUACCAACAUCCUCCCCGAGGAUUACGAGGUCCAUUAUCUUCAAUCCCAUGUCAACCGCUGUUCCGAGUGCAGCAAGAACUUCCCCACUGGUCAUUUUCUCAACAUACAUAUCGAGGAGAACCAUGACCCGCUAGCUGCUGCGCGGCGAGCCCGUGGAGACAAGACCUAUGGAUGCUUUAUCGAAGACUGCGAGCGAAAAUGCUCAACCCCUCAGAAACGAAGGCUACAUCUUAUCGACAAGCACAUGUUUCCCAAGACUUACAACUUUUACAUUGUUAACGAUGGUAUCGAUAAACAAACAUCUAUGCUGCGACCCAUGAAUAGUCACAGACGACGCAUCUCAACGUCAUCUGCUCUGGAGGGCAGGUUGCGGCGCCGAAGCUCGGCGUCUCAGUCGAACCCACCGGAAACAGCAAUCCCUGAAACGAAAUCAUCAAAUGAUAUGGACAUUGAUGAGCUGGAAAAGUCUAUGUCUGCUCUGAAGUUUGUGCCUACAAGCGUUACUAGAAACCGCAACAAGGUGUCUGGCAAAUAG